AUGACAUCAAGUACAAAGCGAUCAAGACUGUUUGAAACAAUGCUACAAACUCGUCUCAGACUUUCACCGCAAUCUCCAAUUUUUCGUCGUUCUUUUCAUGGCACUUUCAUCGUGCAAGACCAAGAUCCCGUCCAUAUACGAAAUACUAACCGAUUUCGACAAUUACUCGUGGAAAAGGGGGAAUUUGCGCCACAGCAAGCCAAUGCGUUGGUAGAUAUCAUGUCUGAGGCGUUGAAGGGCGGUGUUGAACAUGUAUCACAAGAUUUGGCCUCUAGACAACGGCUCAUACAGCUGGUUUCGCAGCAACGAGUCGACUUUUCAAAGCUGAGAGACCAACUUUUAUCGGCAGAUCGUAGUGAAUUCCAUUCCAUACAAAGUGAACACGAAGGUAUACGGAAUGAUUUGGAGAAAAUGCGUACGAAAUUGAGAGAGGAGAUUACAAGGGCCAACGCGGGCUUCAAGCUGGACUUGUCGCUCGAAAAGGGUAGAAUACGCGAGGAGUCCAGCCAUCACGACAUGCAGAUCAAAGAAAUCGACACCCGAAUCGACCAGGAAGUAAGCAAUAUGAAAAUGCAGAUCGACUCUGUCAAGACCCAAGUGAUGCAAUGGCUCAUUGGAGUGUGCACCGGUACAUUUGCACUGGUAUUGGCAUACGUGCGUUUACUUUCCUGA